AGAAACAUCCCUCUAUGUGCGCAUGUGCAGACUGAAAACAUAAUGGCAACGUCCAUGAGUGGGAUGUUCUCCGGUCAGCAGCCGCCCGUUGCGCAUCCCGUUGGGGGUCCCGGUGGACCGGGCCAGCCAGGCUUCCCCGGUACUGCUACCAGAGCCCCGGGAAACAACACGCUGGUGGAUGAACUGGAGGCUUCCUUCGAGGCAUGUUUUGCAUCGCUGGUAAGCCAAGACUACGUUAAUGGAACUGACCAGGAGGAGAUUCGGACUGGUGUUGACCAGUGCAUACAGAAGUUCCUGGAUGUAGCUCGACAGACAGAGUGCUUCUUCUUACAGAAAAGGCUUCAGUUGUCUGUGCAGAAACCAGAGCAGGUGGUGAAAGAGGAUGUGUCAGAGUUACGUAAUGAGCUACAGAGGAAAGAAUUGCUCGUUCAGAAACACUUGUCCAAACUGCACCACUGGCAACAAGUGCUCGAGGAUGUGAGCGUUCAGCACCGCAAACCCUCAGACCUUCCACCUCCUGGACCACUGGCCUUUUUGGAGCAGGCCUCUGCGAGUCUGCCCCCUGCCCCUUUAAAACCCAAUUAACACACCAAAGGUGCGGUCACAUUAGUCUUCUGUUAUUAAGAUUAAACUGUUCCACACCCAGAAUGUGAUGUUGAACUCUGACCUGCAAGAUAUCUGCAGCCGCCUGGGAAACACGUCUGCAUUCAUCGAUCAUACAA